UACUUAAUGAUGUUCCAUGAAAAUUUCCUUAACUUCUUUGUGCUUCAUACAUGGUUUUUAUCAAUGAUUCGGGAUGACUUUAAAGGUGGAAAAAUUAACCUAGAAAAAACUCAGAAAUUACUUGAAAAAUUCAAUAUUCGGUGCAAUGAUAUUCACAUGAAAUAUAUUUUUAAGGAUAAUGACAGGCUGAAGCAAGGAAGAAUCACCAUAGAAGAAUUUAGAACAAUUUAUCGAGUUAUUGCACACAGAGAAGAAAUUACUGAGAUUUUCAACACGUAUUCUGAAAACCGGAAAUUUCUUUUUGAAAAGAAUCUGGUCGAAUUUUUGACACAAGAGCAGUAUGCACUCAACAUUAAUCAAAGUUUUGCUUAUGAGAUCAUACAAAAAUACGAGCCGAUUGAGGAAGUUAAACAAGCACACCAGAUGUCAUUUGAAGGUUUUACAAGAUUCAUGGGUUCAUCUGAAUGUCUGCUAUUUAAUACUGAGUAUCAAAGUGUUUAUCAAGAUAUGACUCAUCCAUUGAAUGAUUAUUUUAUUUCAAGCUCACAUAAUACGUACUUGAUAUCUGACCAGUUAGUGGGACCAAGUGAUCUCUGGGGAUAUGUAAGUGCCCUUGUGAAAGGAUGCCGUUGUCUGGAAAUCGACUGCUGGGAUGGAUCACAAAAUGAACCUGUUGUGUACCAUGGCUAUACAUUCACCAGCAAGCUUCUAUUUAAAACUGUUAUCCAAGCGAUACAAAAAUAUGCAUUCAUAACCUCUGACUACCCAGUGGUGCUCUCUUUAGAAAAUCACUGCUCCCCUGCCCAGCAAGAAGUGAUGGCGGACAGUUUGCAGUCUGUUUUUGGGGAUUCCUUGCUUUCGGAUACGCUUGAUGAUUUUCUAGACGAACUACCUUCACCAGAGGCAUUAAAAUUCAAAAUAUUAGUUAGAAACAAGAAAAUAGGAACCUUAAGGGAAACCCAUGAAAGAAAAGGCUGUGACAAGCAUGGUCAGGUAGAGGAAUUAAAGGACACAGAGUCGAAACGGGUCGUUGGAAUACCACUUUUCAGGAAAAAGAGAGUGAGAAAGGUAAAAAUAGCUAUGGCCCUCUCUGAUCUUGUUAUUUAUACUAAAGCUGAGAAGUUCAGAAGCUUUGACCAUUCAAGACUGUAUCAACAGUUUAAUGAAAGUAAUUCUAUUGGGGAGACACAAGCCCGAAAACUUUCAAAGUUGAGAGCCAAUGAAUUUAUUCUUCACACCAGGAAGUUCAUUACCAGAGUAUAUCCCAAAGCAACAAGAGCAGACUCUUCUAAUUUUAAUCCUCAAGAAUUUUGGAAUAUAGGAUGUCAAAUGGUGGCGUUGAAUUUCCAGACCCCUGGUCUGCCUAUGGAUCUCCAAAAUGGGAAAUUUUUGGAUAAUGGUAAUUCUGGAUAUAUUUUGAAACCGCACUUCUUAAGAGAUACUAACUCAAAGUUUAAUCCAAAUAAAGCAGUGUAUGACAGUAAUCCAAUUACACUUACAAUAAGGCUCAUCAGUGGUAUCCAGUUACCUCCCAGUUCUCAUUCAUCAUCUAACAAAGCUGACACAUUAGUGAUCAUAGAAAUUUUUGGUGUUCCAAAUGAUCAGAUGAAACAGCAGACUCGUGUAAUUAAAAAAAAUGCGUUUAGUCCAAGAUGGAAUGAAACAUUCACAUUCAUUAUUCAGGUGCCAGAAUUGGCAAUGAUACGUUUUGUUGUCGAAAAUCAAAGUUUAUUAGCGGGAAAUGAAUUUCUUGGGCAAUAUACUUUGCCAGUUCUAUGCAUGAGCAAAGGUUACCGUCGUGUUCCUCUGUUUUCCAAAAUGGGUGAGAGUCUUGAGCCUGCGUCCCUGUUUGUUUACAUUUGGUACAUCUGA